GGGGAAGUGGGGAGAAGUCGAGUGCGUUUAAAACUGUUGUUAAUUUAACUUUAUUUCUAGUCCACCAUCCAAGUUCAACUAUUCGAAUUGUUCUAGUUAUAGUAUUUCUGAAAUAACAUGGCCGAUGAAGGAGACGACUGGUUCGGAGGUGGAGAUGAUGACGCACCCCCAGCACCAGUCAAAUCACUCGUAAAGAAAGGUAAAGAGGAGGAAGCAGCCCCUGCAGCAGCGGAAGAAGCACCUGCCGAAGGAGAAGCUCCUGCAGAGGGAGAAGCUGCCGAGGAGGAAAGACCAGAAGCCGAAGAGGAAUACUUAGAUCCCGACAAACUGAUAUUGUUCAAACACUGGAUUAGACCCAAAUUUUUACCGUACAAAUACAUCCAUGAAUAUAGAAGGAACUAUUACGAUGACGUGAUGGAGGUACUGGACAGUCGCAAACGGGGAGUGAGGAGGGAUAUUCCACGUGCCCAAACCUGGGCAGAAAGGAUAUGUAGACAACGAAGUGAUCCGUUGUGGAAACUAGACAAAUUCGAUAAGCAUCUAGAAGAUGUUAAAUUAGUAACUAGAACUCAAAUUAGCGGAAAUUUUUACAGUUAUUAUGUCAAGGACCAUUUUAAUAAAAGAUAUUCAAAGUUAUUAUAUUAAUGAGACGAUCUAGGUACAACCGACUGCCAUUUUUAUAUAAGAUGCUCAAAAACUGUGUAUAACAUUCUUUAACUAUUUAGAAAAUAAAACAGUUUGUAAUAAAAUGAAAAUGGAUAAAAAUGUGAAUUUAAUAGAGAACGAUUAUUUGUAUUGUGUUGUUCGUAGCAAUCAGGAACCUCAGCAUUAAAGGUAUAACAAGCCACUGUCUCUUU